CGCCCGGCGGGGCGGGGCGGGGCGGGCCGGGCCGGGGCGGCCAUGGCGGAGCGGGGCCGAGGGCAGAGCCCGAGCGCCAUGGAGGACCUGCUGGAUGUGGAGAACAAGCGGAUGGCCGACAGCCUGGCCAGCAAGGUCACCAGGCUGAAGUCGCUGGCUCUGGAUAUCGACAAGGAUGCUGAGGAACAGAACCACUACCUGGAUGGCAUGGACUCGGAUUUCCUGAGCGUGACGGGGCUGCUGACGGGCAGCGUGAAGCGCUUCUCCGGCAUGGCGCGCUCCGGCCGCGACAACCGCCGGCUGCUCCUCGCCGUCUCCGUGGCGCUCGUCCUCAUCUUCUUCAUCCUCUACUACCUGGUGUCCCGGGCAGGGACCUGAGCCCGGCCUGGGAGGGCGUCCCAGGGUGUCCCAGGCCAGACCCCGCCACCCACAGACCUGUCCGCGCGUUUCCAGAGGAGCCUCCAGCCACGCCUCCGCCUUCCGAGCGACUCUUCCUCCCUCCAGCUCCUCGUUGUCGCUCCAGCAGGGCCCAGACAGCUCUUCCAAAACAAGUUUGGCUCCAAAGGGA